AUGAAUACCUUAAUCCUUAUUUGUGUUUUGAUCGCCGGCAUCAAUGGACAUACUGUCCAGCUCUCUGAAGCCCAAAAAGAUAAAGCCAACCAGCAUGUUGCAGAAUGCAUCAAGGAAACAGGCAUCAAACCUGAAAUGGUAGCCGAAGUGAAAAAGGGUCACUUUAGCGAGGAUGAAGACCUAAAGAAAUUCACCCUCUGCUUCUUCGAGAAGGCUGGCAUCGUAGACAACGAAGGUAAACUCAACGUGGCAACUGCUCUGUCAAAGUUGCCCGCUGGAGUGGAUAAAGCUGAUGCAGAGAAAUUACUAGAAAGCUGCAAAAACAAGAAUGGCAAAGACGCCGCUGAAAGAGCUUUUGAAAUCUUCAAAUGCUACUACCAAGGUACAAAGUCUCAUGUCUUCCUUGGAUUUUAA